ACCACCAUCACCGCGGGCGAGGGCCGUCCCUUCCCAGCGACGAAAUGACCCUUGCGCUGACGACCGUUACCUACCACACUCUUCGGCUGCCCGGACUUAGACCCUCAGUAGCUCGGGCACCUAAAGCACACAGAAAGCUAGCACACGCAUUUCCGGGGCGGGAUCUGGCCACCCUGCCUAUAAUGUGAGAAUUCAACUAGCGCGGGCCGCCUUCUGGUCGCUCAGCCCUCUGGGUAAGGGAGUCCAGAGCCCGCGGAAUGGGCGCGAGUUCGGUUGUCGGGAAACUACAGUUCCCAGCAUGCAACAGGGCCAGCUUGCUCGUGCACACUACACUUCCCAGAAGAGAUUGGGCGCCGCAGCGUCCUCUGGGAUGGGAACCACGCUGCUUCCCACCCUGGGUUCCAGGAGUGAAGCGCGGACCUUUCAACAAGAGCUUUAUUGGUUCUCCCGCUGGGCUCCCGGAACGCGAUGGAGGCAGCCAAUUGCUCCCUGCGGGUGAAGAGACCCUUACUGGAUCCCCGCUUCGAGGGCUACAAGCUGUCCCUAGAGCCGCUGCCCUGCUACCAGCUGGAGCUUGAUGCAGCUGUAGCAGAAGUAAAACUUCGGGAUGACCAGUAUACGUUGGAGCACAUGCAUGCUUUUGGAAUGUAUAAUUAUCUGCACUGUGAUGCCUGGUAUCAAGACAGUGUCUACUACAUUGAUAACCUUGGGAGAAUUAUGAACUUAACAGUGAUGCUGGACACUGCCUUAGGAAAACCUCGAGAGGUGUUCCGACUCCCUACAGAUUUGACAACAUAUGACAAUCGUCUUUGUGCUUCUAUCCAUUUCACAUCCCCUACCUGGGUUACCUUGUCAGACGGAACUGGAAGAUUAUAUGUCAUUGGAACAGGCAACCGUGGAAAUAGUCCUGAAAAAUGGGAAAUUAUGUUUAAUGAAGAACUUGGGAAUCCAUUUAUUAUAAUCCAUAGUAUCUCAUUGCUGGAAGGUGAAGAGCACUCAGUAGCUAUGCUUCUUCUUCGAAUAGAGAAGGAGGAAUUGGACAUGAAAGGAAGUGGCUUCUAUGUUUCUUUAGAGUGGGUCACUGUCAGUAAGAAAAAAGAAGAUAGUAAAAAGUAUGAAAUUACCAAGCGUCGUGUUCUCCGUGGCAAGUCAGUGCCGCAUUAUGCUGCUAUUGAGCCCAAUGGAAACGGUGUAAUGAUUGUAUCCUACAAGUCCUUCAAGUUUAUUUCAGUUGAUCAGGAUCUUGAAGAAAGUAUGGAUGAAGACAGGUCAGAGAAAAUCAAAGUAGAACCUUUGUAUUACUGGCAACAAACUGACGAUGAUUUGACAGUAACAGUAAGGCUUCCAGAAAACUGUACUAAGGAAGAUAUUCAGAUACAGUUUUUGCCUGAUAACAUCAACAUUAUGCUGAAGGAAAUCCAGGUUUUGGAAGGAAAACUCUAUUCAUCUAUUGAUCAUGAAAGCAGUACAUGGACAAUUAAGGAGAAUGAUAGCUUGGAGAUUUCCUUGAUUAAGAAGAAUGAAAGUCUGACAUGGCCAGAGCUGGUGGUUGGCGACAAACAAGGGGAACUCGUAAGAGACCCAGCCCAAUGUGCUGCAAUAGCAGAGCGCUUGAUGCACCUGACCUCCGACGAGCUGAAUCCAAAUCCAGAUAAAGAAAAACCUCCUUGUAAUGCUCAGGAAUUAGAAGAAUGUGAUAUCUUCUUUGAAGAGAGCUCCAGUUUAUGCCGAUUUGAUGGCAAUACAUUAAAAACAACUCAUGUGGUGAAUCUUGGCAGCAACCAGUACCUGUUCUCAGUCACUGUGGAUCCUAAAGAAAUGCCCUGCUUCUGUCUACGCCAUGAUGUUGAUGCCCUUCUCUGGCAACCACACUGCAGCAAGCAGGAUGACAUGUGGGAGCACAUUGCGACCUUCAACGCCCUAGGUUACGUCCAAGCAUCAAAGAGAGACAAGAAAUUUUUUGCCUGUUCUCCAGAUUAUUCCUACGCAGCCCUUUGUGAGUGCCUUCGCCGAGUAUUCAUCUAUCGGCAGCCUGCUCCCAUGUCCACUGUGCUCUACAACAGAAAGGAAGGCCGGCAUGUGGGCCAGGUUGCUAAGCAGCAAGUAGCAAGCCUGGAAACCAACGAUCCUAUUUUAGGCUUUCAGGCAACAAAUGAGAGAUUAUUUGUUCUCACUACCAGAAACCUGUUUUUAAUAAAAGUAAAUACGGAGAAUUAAUCCUCCAACAUUUGGCUGAAAAGUUUCCAGUGGCACCUGGAGAGCUGAACAGUUGUACUGUAACCUGUUAAGUUUUAAUGUGUUAAAUGAAAAUAUCUUUCCUGAAGUUUUAUUUUUAAAGGAUAUUGGAAAUGUAUUCAAGAUUAUGAAUCUGUAAAAGCUAUAGGAUAGAUGAAGCUACGGAUUUAGAGAACAUUGGCUUCUGUAAAAAAUAUGAAGAUUUUGGCAAAUGUAGUUAUUUUUUAAAAUCUGGUGAUUAAAUCUCAUCUUUUAUAUGACAAACAUACAAUUCAUUGUUUAAAAAUAAAAAUAUUUAUCAUGUGCUUAGCUCAUUGUUUAGAUUGCUACAGUCACUAUAUAGAAUGUUUAGGGUAGCAGUAAAAUACUGAGCAUUAUAAGGUAUUUUAAUGGGCUGAAGUCUACAUAAAGAAUUGUGAGUCCAGAGUUACAAGAGUACAGCAAUUUUGAUAAUGUUGCUUAUAAACCUUAAUUGUUUUCAUAGUAAGCAUAGAUUUGUUUAUGUAUUUUCUCUACUACAUUAUAGAAAGUUAGGCAUUUUCCAUUAUUGCAUAACCAAGUACCACAAUGCUCAGGUAUUUAAGAGUUUAUUUCAGUAUCUGGGAGGCAAAGGCUGGAGAAUUACCAGUUCAAGGCCAGCCUGGACACAUAACAAGACCUUGUCUCAAAAUAAAAAUAACUCAAGGUUUAUGGUUUUUCUUGGUUCUGUGAACUGGCUUCUCAUGCUCUGGGUGGUCUCUUGUCUUCUGGUAGGCUAAGCUGUGCUUCCUGCCAUGAAAGAGAACAGUCUAAGAGCAAACCAGGGUGCAAGGGUUUGCCAAGCUUGAACUUCCAUGGUUGCUAAAAAAAAAAAAAAGGACAGUUUGACUCACAUGGCCAGGUCUAGAGAGACGGCAGAGCUGUAACACAUUAGGGCCAUUGAGGCCAUAGCUACAUCUGUCCUAUGAGGCUCGUAGGACAGAUUAUACUAUAGUUGUCUCAUUAAAAUCUCUUUACUGUUCUGACAGGUUUUUUUUAUUUACACAUUGAAUUUUUUCUCCACAAAUAUUUGUGGUUCAGACUUACUCCCCAAACUUCUUUCAAUUUGUAUUUAUUGUGGGUUUGUUUUUUUUAUUUUCACAUUAUUUUUAGAGUUCUUGUUUUAUUAAAGUCCUUAGGAAUUUAAUUGAAGAGGAAGAAAAUAAAGGAUUAUAAGAUGGAAAA